UCAAAUUUCACCAACAAAAUUUGGAAUUGAAAAGCGAUUAUUGUAGAGAGAAGAAAGAAGAAAAUGAGUUCAUCAACAAGAGCGUUGAUCGUAGCGGCCACCGUCGGCGUUGUGGAGGCACUUAAGGAUCAAGGAAUUUGCCGGUGGAAUCAUAUCUUAAGAUCGGCGCAUCACUACGCCAGAAACCAUGUUGGGUCUAUUUCUCAGGCUAAGAAAUUCUCCUCCGCCGUGUCUUCCGCCAACCGCCUCCAACAGUCGGAGGAAUCUCUCAGAACAGUUAUGUAUCUUAGCUGUUGGGGUCCUAAUAACUGAACCCACCUGAAUCUUUCAUCCAACCAGAUACUCCGGUUGGACUGGCGGCUUUCCGAGUCAAAAAAGACAUUGCUGUCCGGUUUUGGAGCACUUGAGCUCACUUUUAUCUUCCUCCCUUCAUCAGUUUGUAAUUGUAAUUAAAUGUUUAAUGGAGGAUUUGGGAGCUAGUCUGAUUCUUUCAACAACUGUAAACCCAAUAUUUCCCUUUAUUAAUACCGGAUUAUUGAUUAUUGAA